GCUCACUAAAUUUACACAGACACGUCAAAAACUAAUCUUAAUCCAACGGCUACAAAGCCUACGAUGAUUUGUUGACCAUCUUAAAUGCACCGUACAUUACAUACACCUAACCACACCAAAUCAUUUCCACCGCUCAGUUUAAAAACAGAACCUGUUUAGGAGCAAGUUUCGAAACAGAACCAUGGAAACGGCGUUGAGUCCUUCUUCUUCUCCGGCGACUCUUCCGUCGUUCCUCCUCCUCUUCCUCUUCGUAUACAUCGUCGGAUAUUUCCUUAUCUUCCGUUCAUGGAAAUCAUCAUCACACUUAGGCGCUAGCUGCUUAAUGUCACUCUUCCACGGCACUCCCGCCGUUAUAAUGGCUUCUCACGCGCUACUCACAACUACACGCGCCUCCGUACCCUCAUUCGCUUCUCCCAACACUGCCGUGGAAUCAACCGUACUCGAUUUCAGCAUGGCUUAUUUCACCGUUGAUCUCCUCCAUUACCUAAUCUUCCUCCCUAACGACUUCAUCUUCAUCCUCCACCACAUUGCGACGCUAUACGUUUUCGCUACGUGUCGAUUCUCUGUCGGUCACGGAGCUCACGCGCUUCUCAUUCUCUUGAUCCUCGCGGAGGCGACGAGCGCGUGUCAGAACGUGUGGACGAUCGCCGGGUAUAGAAAACACGACGUCGUUUUAGCGAAGAGAGUGAGAGAGGUUUUGUCUCCGCCGUUUUACUUGUUUUACACUGUGGUUCGUGGUUUGGCUGGUCCGGUGGCUUUGUAUGAUAUGGCGGCGUUUUACGGUAGUGGUGCGGCGGAGGGAGUUAUUCCACGGUGGGCUUGGUUAUCGUGGCUUGUUGUGAUUGGUUUUGCUAUUUUUGUUAGUGUUUUGUGGGUUUUACGUAAUUGGGUUGAUUGGUUUAGAGAGAAAAACUUUAGCAAGAAAUAUAAGUGAACUGAUUAAUAUUUUUCCUUUUCGAACAAAAGGAGAAAAUUGUUUGAUUGAUAUAAAUGUAGAUUUUUAGCAAAGUUCAUAUAAAUUUAUUUGAUUGUAUUUGUAUAAUGUACUAUUAACAAUAUUGUACUUUUAUGUGAAUCUAAAUCUUAUUGUUAUUCACUUCUUUGUAUCGUUUUUUUUUUUUUACCAAACUGUAUAUGUGAAUCUUAUGUAAACAUAAAUGAAAUUACUUUUUCUUUUAGAGAAGGAGAAAAUUAUUUGAUUUAUAGAAGUAUAGAAUUAAAUAUAAUU